GUUGUUGCUUCGGUAAGUGGAUGAUUUGUGAAAGGUAGUGGAAUUUCUGCCGUCAUUUCGAUCUCUAGAUGGAACACGAAUAUCUUUCUCUGAAAAUAUAGCAAUGCUUUUUAAGUAACUAAACUACAUGUGAUAUAAAAACGGUCAUCCAGAGAUGGGAACAAGUCGGCUGUGGCUGAUCGAUCGAGAUGGACGAGUGUUCAUAUUUGAUCUACGAGACAAGUCUUGGCGGCACGUCUCAACUCCUGGCCUUGGUUCAAGGAACUGUUUUAAGCGUGUUUCAGCAGUGGAGCAGUGUGCAUGGGCAAUCAGUGCCAGUCAACAACCUUAUUUGUUUGUUCACGCAACUGAACUUCCCAUCAGAGUGAAGGUAGAAACAUAUGAAAAUCAGCGAUGGGGAAUUAUUAAUAAAUGGUCGCAAAAAUCGGUAAGAUCGUCUUAUAACUCGUUUCAAAUCACUAUUUUUCUAAGUUUACAUGUUGAGGGGGGAUGACUGAGACGUUUAUCGUUUGUUUCUUAACAUCUUUUGAUGGAUUUAAGUACAGAUUAACUCUGCACUGUAUACUUCCGGUAUUUUAAGGAGACAGGAAGUGUCUGGGUUUAUGCCUUCUGUUAUUAUUAUGAUCUGUUAUCGGGUAAAAAGCGAACUGAGCAACUGCCUGUGAUUUUUUGCAUUCAGGUAUCGUAUGUAUCGACAUAUUUUUCCAAUUAAAUUGAUUUAUACUUUAUUUGUUAUUUGUUUUCGUUAAACUUUGCUUAAGAUUCAACUCUUUAGUUACAACCCCUUCAAUUAUCAGAUUCUACUGUACAAAUAGUCCUUCCCAUAAGACAUCAGGCACUCACUGGUAAAGAAAAGAUUUCAAGUGGUUAUGUUAAGCCUUUGUGGAGUGUUUUGUAGACUAAGUGAUUGUAAUAUAUUUGUUCAUGAAUCUUGGCCAAUUCCAGAUGUUACCCACUGAUCGAUGGCCAUGGAGCAGUAAAGAUGGAAAGCAGUCUUUCCCGAAGGAUUCGUUUCAGUUGCCAUCAGUGGAAUGGAUAUGGGAAGGAGACUGGUACAUUGAUCGUGGUCUUGAUGGAGAUAAUGAGGUAAUCAAAUAAUACAACAAUUAUCCAACACUAUGUGUAGUUUUUAACAUAAGAAUUGAACAUACAUGUACAUGAGGUUGUUACUGUAUCUUAGAUCCAAAAUAAGCUGAACAACACAUACAAGUAUUUAACAAUGAAAUAAAUAAAAGGAUGUAAUGUUAAAUAAAGUUAUUCUAAGUAAACUAAAGAAUAUAGAGCUACUUAAACUAGAAUGAGAGAGACCACUUCCUCUAUAACUAUAUAUUAAUAGUGGCAAAUAUGAUAGAUGUAUGAGAGUGCACUAUGAUUCAGUGGUAAAAACCAAAACCAAAGUUAUUACAAUGCUUACCAGAAAAACGGGUAAUAUCACUAGAAUCUACUUAAAACUCAAAGUAUAAUUGAUUUAACAGCUUAAUAUACAAAAAAAUAUGAUUGAUCAAUUCACAGUUAGUUUAAUUUUGAGUCAGAAUGGCUAAAAAGGGUGGAAUGAGGAUAUCUUUACCAAUCACAGGGUAAUACAGUAAAGUAAAAACAUGACCAUUCUGAAUUACAUUGUACUUUUGAUGCUUGAUAUCUUGUCUUGGUGUUAUCAUUAAUCUACUCAUAGUAUUAUCAUGUGUAAAUUGAUUUUUGUUUGUUAUCAUAAUUUUCUGCAAGGGUUGGGAAUAUGCUCUUGAUUUCCCAAGAGCUUAUCAUCCUCAAGAGAGUAAAACAUCUUGUGUAAGAAGGCGAUUAUGGUCAAGAUACUACAGAUUUGAUGGCUAUGACCGCUGGAUUAAGGUGACAAUUACUUAAUUUGUACCUUUUUAGGCCACAUUGGAAUGUCAUGCAAGAUACCAGUCACUCUAAAAGCCACUGAUUGGCUGAAAGCCUGGCAGUGAUUAUACUUUCAUGACCAGGAAUACAAAACUUUUUUUGUGAUAUUACCGCAAAAAUGCUUCAUUGAACUAAGUGACGUUUAAAGCCUUGUAAGCAGAAGUUAAAUUGCACUCAGGCUGUGAAAAGUGAGUGUUAUUGUUGUUAGCCAUUCAAAUAUGUAAUCAGUUCUGGUAGCAUUUUCACUCUGGGAUAAAUUUAAUGUUGAAUGAGGUGUACAUUUCAAGAGUUAUAGACCUACAUAUGGCUGACAGAUUAACCAUUUUGAUAUUGCUUCCAAGUCUAUUUUGAUAGUCAUGCACAAAGUGUGUCUUGUUUCUCCUAAUCCUAAAGGUUUGUUUUAUUGUGUAUCAUUAAUUAUAUGUCUAACCUAUUUGGAGAUUUGACCUCCCUUGAUUUCAUCUAUUUCAAGAAGAGCAGUGAUGUUGUUAUUUAAAUUUUUCAGACUGUUUCUAAUUGAAUUUAGAUUCAAACACAGAAGUAGGUCUACCAUAGUGAGACUUCUCAUUUUUCUGUUUUUCCCUCCCUCUCUAGGUUCCUGGUUUAAGUGAAGACCCAGGAAAGGAUCCCCUUCAAGACAUUGCCAUUGGUGGCACAGUUAUUCCUGGAAGAGAUCCCGGUUAUUUGGCCGUGUGGGCUGUUACAUUUCAGGGAAAGGUUUGAACUUACUGCUAUCAUUUUGUAACUUUCCAACCUUGUUGUUCUGUUGAAGAAAGUAGGUCAAUCCUAACCCAGUGUCCCUUUAUUUAUUCUUUUGAAGUUCUUUUGGAAGGACCUGUAGGAGCUCAAACACUUCCUCUUUUUCAGUUAUUUGUGCUUCAUAAUUGAUCACAAGUUUAAAAGAGCUCAGGGCAAGAAGUCAUAAGCAUAAAGUUCAGGUUGUAAUUAACAUGUUCUUCCUUCUUUGUGCCUUUCAGUCUUAAAAAAUUUUCCCUAUGUGUUUCACCACAAAAAUGUAUAAAAUUAAGUGUUUUCUGGAUAUACCUAAGAAAGGAGUGAAAUCCACCAAACAUAUGUUAUUUGGAACUUAUGGACUACUCUCAAAUAUUCACAGAAGUUUGCUGUCCUAUUUUGCAUGUGACAUGACCUAAAGGUUAUUUACCGUUCUGGAGUGUCUGAGAAAUGUCCUGAAGGUGAAAAGUGGAUAGAGGUUCCCCCACCCCAAGUCAGCAUCACUCAGCUGUCUGUGAGCCCAUCAGGAGUGGUAUGGGGAGUAACAUGGCAAGGUGUGGCUGUGGUUCGCAUUGGAGUCACAUUCUAUGAACCAACUGGUAAGAAGGGAGAGAAUUAUUUGAGGGCUUUCAGGAAAUCUAAUUCAUUUGAUGUAAGAUCAAGGAAAAAACUAUUUUCUUGUCUUUCAAACAAAGAUUUUGCACCAAACAUAUGUGAAAUAUAAAAGAUUGACCAGAACUUAGCCAGAAUAAGGGAGGAGAAAAUUCCCACUGAAUUAUAUCACAAGCAUUCACAAACCAUCAACUUUGCAUAGACAUCUAGAUAUCUUACUACAAUAAUUCCCCAACUAUGCCCUCUGACAAAAAUAAAACACAAUUCACUUUUUGGGACAGAGAAAAGUUUAUUAAGAAUAUGAACCAACAGUAAACAAAAGCCAAUGAUAUGCCUAAUAAACCUCUCUGCCAACCUAUGACAUCACAAAAAAGCACCCAGGGUGGGAGGGUGGGUGGAAAGAAAAAUGAAACAGUACACAAUCUCUGAUGAAUGCUCAAAGUGAAAACUGACACAAAAUGAAACACAAAACUCCUUGUGCCUUGUCCCUUUGAACACGAGCUUGUCCAAAAGGGGUAAAUUAUCAAUAAUUAUUAUGGUACAAUCAACAGUCCCAAAGUCUGCUAGUUGUUGUUUUAUUUUUCUGUCUCAUUAGUCAAUUUUGAAUGCUUUACUGUACAACCUUAAGUUAAUCAAUACAAGAAUAAAUGAACUCUUUGAUGUAUUUGCACAGGGACAGCUUGGAAAAAAAUUGCUCCCCCAGAUGCAUCACCAGAACUGGAACCAUGUCGUCUUUUACAAGUUUCUGCUGGAUUGAACAGUCUGUGGGCCUUAACCAAAGAUGGCCAGGUAAGCAUUCAGUGACAGGAUUGCUGUGGAAUAGUGGUCCACUUGAAUGAUGUUCUCAUAAACACAUGUAGAGAUGUGUACUUUUGAUGUUAAUCAGUUUGCUAAUUUACCAAAAACUCAUGACUUACAGUUUCUGCUUGUGCAUCUUGUCAUAAUUCAGAAUCUUCUUUUUUUAAUUAAUAUUUCUCAACAUCAUAUCUCCAAAUGUAGGAAUGUAAGUGUUGCACAAUAAAUAAAGCCACUGUACAUUCAAUCCCAGACAACUGUACGAAUGAAAACAGAAGUGGAAAAUGUAGGAAAAACAUUAUUUUUGCCAACAUAUCAUGUGCAUCAGUUUUUGACAAGGGAUUACCUUUGCCUCCACUAAAAAUCACUACAUAACAACCCAAGCCAACCACUUUACAAGAAAACCAUUAUCAUCCAUUGGUGGACAGUGAUCCAAUUAUUGAUUAUUUGUAAUCUUAGUUUUAAUGUAGUCACUCUUAUUUGCUCAGUUCAGUCAUGCUUAUGUUUUGCCUCUCAGGUUUGGUUUAGGAAAGGCUUGUCAAGGGCAAGUGAUGAAGAAACUGCUGUAAUUGGGUCCAGAUGGGUGCAAAUGGUUGGAAAUUUUUCUCUUAUUACCAUUGGUUUAAAUGACCAGGUGGGUAAUGGCUAUCAGUGAGGAGCAUGUCAAUGUCUCGUGUAAUCUGAUAUGGAGUUGUUAUGUCAAAAAAGUAUACAUUUGGGGUUUACAUAAAUGAUAACAAAGCUAGGAUGCUAUGAGUGAUUUCAUAGACUAGUAAGUGGGAGUUUACUGAUCUCUAUUUGUUAUGUCAACAAUGUAGAAAUUUUGGGUUCACAUAAACAUUAUCUAAGCUGGGAUUCUAUGAGUGAUUUCAUAGACUAGUUGAUGUAGUGUAAUGAUCUUUAUUCAUGUUGAUAAAACAUGUUGUAAAGUUGGUAGAAAGAGAAAGUAUAUUAUGCUGUUCAGAUUGUUACUUUGCUUUUGAAAUCAAUUUGUCAAGUUUUAUCUUUGUGCAACAUUUUUAAAAGAGUUACCAUGAGUUACUGAAAAAUUAUUGUAGUUCUGAACCUACAAAUGAUUUUUAGAACUUUUAAAAACUACCAAAAUUUCAUGUCAAAUAUCUUUAUGUCAUUUUAAAACCAUUGGUUCCCUUAAGUUUCGACAGAUUUAGGACCAGUGACAGUAAAAUUCAUCACAUACUCAAUGUUGAAGACCUUCUUUUUUUAGGUCUUUGCUCUGAGUUCUCUGGGUGACCACAUUUAUUUUCGCACUGAUGUGACGUCUGAUGAACUGGUAGGAAGGACAUGGAAGGUCGUGCACAUGAGCAGACCCCUGAUAUCAUGCAGCGAAGCCACCAGCCUGGAUACAGUCAGCUCUGAAGGCAUCAGCUCUGCUGAAAAUAAUGAAAGUAAGAUUAUAAGAUUAGAACUGCUCAUUAUUUGUUGUCCGAAAACAAAAACCCUGGUUUUUACCAACAGCUUGAUGGCAGACAGCCUGUAAAGAACGCAAGUGAGAACUCAAGGUACUUACUCGUCGUUAGUAGGAUUUAAUUUCGAUUUUUAUGCGGUAGAUGCAUCUCGUCAGUUUUAUUACCAAUGGAACUGAACAUAUAAUAUCACCUAAUCUUGCCCUACAAUGCGUUUGCCGUUUUGACCAUGUUCUUUAGACUGAGCUCAGGAAGUGUGAUGUUGUGAUGUAAAGGUAGAUUUACGCACUGCAGCUGAGAUUUUCCUUAUUAAAGGUGUCUUCACUGAGUCUGAUGACAGCUUCAGUCUCGCCAGUCCAUCUAACCUACCGUCCAACAUCGAGUUCUUGACUUGGCUGAGCAGUGGAGCUUGUGAGGUGGACUCUUCGAUAUUCACAGAGAUAAGCGGCAGUCUGGUUUCCUCAGCCAGCAGCAUGAAUCUCAUAAGUUUAAAUAGCAGGAAUGCCGCCUGGAGGAAGAGCAUAAUAAAACGACUGCGGGAAAGAGACGAAAAGGAAACAGGCCGCGACAACAAGUACGAGGAAGGUAUCUCACAGGUCAGUGAAAGUUAAAAAAAAGCUGUGUUGAAUGGUUUGAUAUUGAACUUGGUAAAGUGGAGUGGUAAUAUAGAGUGAAUCGCUGAGUUGACGGCUUUUGCGUUUUCUUUGUCGUAACAUUUCCUUCUUAAAACUCGUAUUAGGGUGAAUGGUGUAAAAAGGCUCGUUUCCAGAUGUUGCUAGCAGCAGAUUCCAAUCUGUGGUACGAGUGUAUGGUGAGACUCGACCUAGGAUCCGAGGGACGGCCAGGAGCUUUGCAUUGCUACUACGAGAAAAACUCUCAGUAUGAAGAGAUGCGGAUUCCUUUGCGAGACAUUAAGUGCGUUUGUACCAUUCACAAAAUGUCGCGGAAUCACUGUUUCGCUGUUCACACGCCUCUAAGAUCUCAAGAACGAAACCCUCUGGUGAUCCAUACCGGUUCCGAAAAGGACCUCAUUGACUGGGUCACAACACUGUCCAGUGCUGCCUCACGGGUACAUAACUGCGAGGGAUCCGCUUCACCCAGGGCCAUCUGGACCAUAUCUCUCUGCGGUGACGUUUUCUUUUGCGAGCCGCCUCCACCAGAAACCGAGAUCCAACCAGCUCAAUUAUUUUGGCGGCAAGUUGGCGGUCAUAUGCGCAAAGUAGAAGCCGGUGUGAUGGGGGUAGUGUGGGCAAUUGGUUUUGAUGGAGUGCCGUAUUACUACUCUGGGGGAUAUGGCGGAGGUAUUUUUAGUGGUUUUGACAGCAGUGUAUCUGGAAUUCAUCAACAGGAGGAUUAUGACUGUCAUUAUAUUUAUGAGAAUCAGAGAUGGAACCCUUUGGAAGGAUACUCUGAUAGGUAAAUCAGCUUGGUCUUUUUAUCAACAUCGGUUCUCAGUAAAAGGUUCAGUCCCCCUUUACGUUAUGUUUCCUUUAUUGUCUUAUGCAGAAUAAUAGUUACACCAUUUCAAUAUUUUUCAUUUGUCUUGUGAUCUCAACAUUUCAAUUUUCGACUUGUUACUGUGAUGUCGAUCACGGUCAUUUUUCUUUACAAUAUCACCCCUAAAUCAAACAUUUAGGUCACGAGAAUAAAGGGGAAAUGAUCACCAGCAAAACAAGCUCUUGAUUGUUGAAAAAAUUUUCCUUGUCAGCACCUUAGGAAAUGUGUAGAAAUAGUAUGGAGAACAUGCCUUGCGAUGUUACGGUGUUUGGGGUUAAUAAGUGAGAGGAUUUUAACCGAGACUCUGUAAGGUAAAUCUGAGAUCGGGUUACCUCUGUGACGGAUACAUCGCCAUGUCUUUCUACGUAGACACUCGCUGUAAGGUGGCAUUACUUUCAUUUGGCUUUAUUGCUCGGCACUUACUCGGCAGGCGCCUUCCAAGUGACCGGUGGAACUGGAGUGAUGAGAGCGGAGUGUAUGAACGGACAAGGGAGGGGUACGUGCUUCCAUCCAGUCAGUGGCAGUGGGCUGAUGAACAAUGGACAGUGGAGACAAAACCUAACAUUACAGAUAAAGAUGGCUGGCAGUAUGCUGUAGAUUUUCCAAGGUUUGAAUUUCUGUCAUAGACGGUGAGGGAGGGUCGAGUGUUUCGCUUGAAUUGUGAUUGCUGAAUACGAUGAUGGAAAUCGUUCAGUACUUUUCUCACUGAAUUGGGCGUCUUUAUGCAAAUCUCUUGUGCUAUACAUCGUUUUCUGUCCUUAAAACCACUUAAGAUAGAUAAACCAGUUGGGAUAUGAAAAAAGAAAACAUUUCCUCUCCAAACAAAUGUAUAAUAUUCUAAACUGCUGUUUUUUACUGUGCCUGGAAUGUGACCCCGCCUUUUUUCCUCUUCAGAACCUAUCGCCGAGAGCGUGGCUGGAAUGACUAUGUGAGGCGGAGACGAUGGAAAAGGUCUGAGUUCCUUUCCUUUUUUUUUGUGGCUUCCUUUUUAAAAUGUUUUCUUUUUUCAUAAAUAUAUUCGUUGGUAAAACUUCAACCGCAGCUAUCACGUGGGUGCUCAGCCUCAAAAAUCACAGAUCGAUUUAAGUACGACUUAUCUUAUGGAGGCUUGAGACUGAACGGAAUUUACACACAAUGAAGAUAUUGUUAUCGGUUACCACUAUUAUAAUUACAGUUAUAAUUAUGAUGAUGAUGAUUGUUAUUAUUACAAUCAUCGGAAUUAUUUUCACUGCAGUCGAACCUGUAUCACGUGGCAUUGUAUUAAGCGGUCGGUUAUCAAACUCCCGAAUUUGUUUCCCAUUACUCACAGUAAUUUUAAUCUCUAUUGAGCGGUCACCUCUAUCAAGCGGUUGUGGUCCCUACGGCCUGUUGUAUUGUCCUCCGCCUGCAUUGAACGGUCACUUAAAGCAGAUCAACUCAAAUAGAAUUAUUAAUAAUUUUUAAGUAAAAUUUAAUCCAUUUUUAUUUCCCGAAAUCACUGUUAGUAGUACUUUUGGGCGAAUGUACGGGUUUGAAUGUUUUAUCAUGAACGUCAUCAUCAUCACCAUCAUAUUAUUGGCAUUAUCUCUGUACAUGUUAUUAUUAUAACUUUUAAUUUGUCGUUGCUGCAGGUUUUGGGUGAGGCGGGGUAUUCGUAACUGUACUAGUAAGGAAAAAGCUUUCUACUGUGUCUCGUUGAAUCAACAUCAGAUAGUUAUCUUUCUUUUAACCGAAGACGAUGUAAACUGACUACUACUGGGCCAUGGAUUCAAGUGACGCCUCAAGUCAGACUACGUGACGUAUCAAUUCAAUCUGAUUUACUGGAUGGCUCCAUAGCAUUAUGGACGGUUGGGACAAAAGGUGAUGUUUUGUAUCGACAUGGGGUAGCCGAGGAUUGUCCGCAGGUAAAUUAGAUUACAAUUUAUAAACGUGGCUCAUAUCAUAGGAUUUACCAAGUAUAUGUAACAAGAUGAAUUUUGCCAACGGCAUUGCUUCUGCAGUGGUGACUGGUAAAAGUCAAAGUUUCUUUAGUUCGGUCCAUUUGGCCAUAGUAGGUAAUUGAGCAUAUUUUCGAUUCUUAUCACGUCCAGGAUGUCGAUAUUGUGGACAAGUCCAUUUGCAGGAUAAACCACUAUCUUGCACAUAAAUCAAACUAUAGGCUUAAUCGAAACUUUAACAAAAUUCUCGAAAGCGAUUGGUUAUCACCAGCCCGAUUUGAGCACCAAUCGGACAGUGUAGGCGUCAUGCUUGUAAUUGGCCAGUGUAAUAGGACAGUUAACACAGCAUACUCGUGUACGAGGACAGUACGCGUCAUGUGCGCGCGCUGUUGUCGCGCAAUACGCCUAGGUAAUUGUUGCUUUUUUAGGAAAACGUAGAAGCGAAGUCUAGUUUCUUUCUCAAAUUUUGUCAUAGUUUUGAUUAAUUGGUAACAGGACUUCGUGUCGUCAAAUUCUGUUCGUAAUCAUUCUCGUGAUUAAUAAAUCGGACUCCCGCUUCGCGUUCGUCCGAUUUUGUCAGUCACUCGUAUGAUUAUUAAUAACCCGCCGCUGUUCGAGAAAUAAGCGUACGCGUCUCUCCGAUUCGAGAAAGCGAUGGAAAUAGCGGGAAACACUUUUCUAACGAUCAGAUCAUCUCUAUGAUCAAAGAAACGGUCAACAAUGAUUAGUAAAAGCAAUGAUAUUUUUUGCAGUGAUACAUUUAAGGUGUCUUGGAAUUCAUCUUUUGCAUUCUUCUGUCUCUUUUUAGUUCGAACGCGGAUUCUUACAUCUGUCGUUACGGUAUCUUAUCAGAAUGAGAUGAUUUGUUGGUCAAUGCGGAAAUCGUCUAAUAUACUUUCUGAUUUCUAAAUUGAAGUCAAGACGACAACCAGGGAGAACGUUCGCCAAAGAAAUCGCUAUUUGAAAGCAUAAUUUGACCUGCAGGCGUCUGGCCAAUAAGUGACAAUAUUAAAAAUUUAAAUUCUGAAUUCGUUUAAUGCAAAAUUACAGAUCCAUGGGAUUUGCACCAAUUAGCCCCGUGAUACCGGUACAAUUCUCUGCCAACUGAGCCACAAUGAAGCCACACAUCGAGAGCCAGCUCAUUUGUGAGCGUUAAUUAUCUGUUUAGUUUGACAGUAAGAUGUUGUGCCCAAGAUAGUCGAGAUGGAAUUCACAGCAUGUUGUAGAUGGGAAGUGUACUUCUGUUUAAUUUGGUUUUUGUACCAAAAUAGUGAAAUAUGACCCCAGCUAAGCAUUCCGUGCUCUUUGAACGCCAAAAAAAUCAUCAUUUUAAAAACAAAUCUUCGUAGAUUAUAUUACUCAAGGCAACUUACGCUGUGAGCCGAUAGCUAAAGGGAGAAGGUACACUCGGGGAAUUGAGGGCUUUCAAGUACAUGCCUGAUUAUUAUUUUUCACCUGAAGAAAUCAUUUUUUUGUAUGAAAUGUGGUCCCGUUGUUUAUAAGCCUUGUCUUCGUUGUUAAUUAUCAGACUCGGCAGUCUGCUUAAAGAGAAAUGAAAAUUCAGUAGUAACUUCAAAUUUUUCAAAUAGUAAAACGAAUUGAACGUAAUACUUUCUUACGCAAAGUUUCACAGUCGAGUUAGCUGUUUGGUUUAUUGCAGCAGAUAAUUCUUACGAGGUUAUCUUUACUUUAUGUUUUUUAGGUAUUUCUCAAGAUUGUUUUUAUCUCGUUAUUUUAUUCAUGCACCCUCCAAAGAAUGGUAAAAAUUGAAGUUGAUUUUGGUCAGCACUCAAUUAUAGGCUCGUGUGCAAGGUGAUAGCAUUAAAACAACGUUUUCAUGUAGUCAUUUGGUUCAGUCAUGCUCCACCGAUCGAAAGUACUACAUAAGUUAAGUUAGAAAUAAUAGCAACUUUAACUGAGAUAAUUGCUGAAAAGCCAAGCUGGGGUAGUGUCAUGUACGAUAAUUGGUUUUAACGGGGAUAAAACGAGUUUUUGGCAGGUGGUGGUAUCAGCUAUUUUCUUUAAAAUGUUCUGAAUACUGUAUUGAUUUGUUAUCUCGUUUAUUUUCUUUGGAUCAUGCUUUGAGGAAACCAAAAACAAUAGUUCCAAGGGGCUAGAUGUUUCGUUUAUUAUCUCUCUCGGUGUGUUUUGAGAAAAGAACUCAUUUCUUCUGUUGGGCGUAUAAUCAAUAUGUAAAGCUUCCACCAAUGUUUUUAAUAAAUAUGUAAACGGUUCAGUAACUAGGAAUCGUAAACGUGGACUGCGUAAAAUUGUUCGUAAUGAUGAAUAAGACCAGUCGUAAUGUCACCUACAGCUGUGAUAUCGCCGCCGUUAUAACGUUGUUAACAAACUUAUAAAAAGCUGAACAGUUAUCUUUAAGUAACUUCAACCAUUCUACCAUUCUACCAUUUUUGCUUUAUCUUCGGUGGAUGAAAGGAGUAAGUCCAACUUCGCUGCCAAAGUAAUUUACAUUCUCGAAGUUUUUCUGUUUUAAAUUAAAAGCUGUAAAGAUGAAGUUGGCGCUUUUCUCGCGCAAAACAAAUAGGACAAAUCUAACAAGGUUGUGUUAGUUAAGACGUCGGAAAUUCUUUCCUUCGCGACUUCUGUUGUUUCUGAUGAUCCCUGCGGUAUGAUUAAAAUAAACGUAGUUUUGUGCCAGAUUAUUUAGGUGUGUUUGGUUUAUGAUAUUAAGGAGCAAAUUUACAUACUGCCGUAGGGCUGCUUAACAUUGUAUUGUAAACGACACUUCAAACAGUACACAUCACCAAAUGCAACAAAAUUUACACGACAGUUUUGAUGAGGUGGUGUUCAAGAUAGAUUCAAAAGUACUCAGAAAUUUAUGAUUUUCUCAGCACUUGUGUAAUUCAAACGAAAACGAGCGAAUCAUCAGCCAUAAAUUUGGUUUAAAACUGGAUCUAGAAGUUAAGUGACACGACACUACUUUAUUUUACUUGAUAACUGUCAAGAGACGGACAUGAACUCAUCGACUUCUGAACACCUCAAACCAUCUUUGAACAUGAAACAAUGCCCUGAUUUAGAUGAUAUUUCUCGCAGCACCAUCUUUGUUCCAUCUCUGAUCUUGAAUUCUGUUGCGAAUCUCAUUUUGCUUUUUGGUGCGUUGUUUGGUAACUUACUGAUCUUGUGGGUUAUUCGCGGAGUUUCCUCGAUUCAUCCACCAUCGCGAACUAUGUUCUGUUCAUUAGCAGCCAGCGAUCUUUGUGUCGGCCUACUGGUAGAACCCUUCAACUUGAUGUACUUGAUUACCUCUGCAACGGGUAACGCAGUACUCUGCUCCAGCGUGUUACCUUACUUGGAUGUAAUUGGGUUCACAUUGAGCGGUAUAUCUCUUUUGACGACCGCAGAGAUCAGCGUUGAUCGGUUGUUGGCGCUUCGAUUGAGGAUUAGAUACCGAGAGGUCGUUUCUCUUUACCGUGCUCGCGUUGUUGUUGCAGUAACGUGGCUUACAUGUUGCAUAGCUGGGACAUCAAGUGUGUGGAGCCGAAAGACAUUUAUGAUCAUGCAAAUAGUUGGUGUGUUUGUCAGUAUCAUGGUUUCGUCGUACAGCUACACCUCCAUUCACAGAAUUCUUCGCCAGGUAAGCAAUCGACGGCAAGAAAGGACGAUUGCCUGGGAUCAAGCGAGCACAAGUACAGUUAGCACUGUAAGUGGCUCGACGUUGAGUAUAAGGCGAUACAGGAAAACUGUCAGCACUGCUUUGUGGGUUUACUGUGCUCUAUUGAUCUGCUCCUUUCCUUAUAUGAUUGUUGCAGCUCUUUGGGCGGUUUUCGGUGGCAAUGAAGCCAUAAUAAUCGCUCAUUCUUACAUGAUAACACUGCUUUAUUUUAACUCAGCGCUGAAUCCGGUCUUGUACUGUUGGAAAAUCAAGGACGUUAAACAAGCUGUUAGAGAAACUCUAUGCAGUCUUAGCUGCAAGUAAUAUACAAUUUAUAUCAACUGCAGGUAAAUUUUCUGCAUGUAUUUUUUUCUCUGACAGAACCAAUUAGGUUUUUUUUCCUUCAAUAAUUGUAAUAGCUAAAUGAAUUCAAAUUCUGUCGUUUAUAUAAAAUUCCGUUGUUUGCGUGCUUCAACAUUACACGAAACUUCGGGAAAAAUCGAGCUCAAGAUACUGACUUUCUAACAGCUAAGUUUCCUAUUACAAUUUUCAAGAGCUUCGUCUUGAACUGAAACCCGAAUGAUAAAUUUUAAGGUAAAUUUGUUUUAACAUCGUGAAGUUUUUUUUAAUGUCUAUUUUCUGUUAUUUGACAUGUUUCAGUUCUUUUUACGAUUAUGAAUGCCAACAUUUCUUUAAAAAAAUAUCUUUAGGUUUUCAUAGGCGACAGAUCUUGUCUUGCAUUCGCAAAUAUAUUUAUUUUCUUUUCACAAUUGAGUUGAUAUGUAAUGAAAAGUUUCAUACAGAAAUCUCGCUAAUUUUUAUCAAUAUCUGGUGGAAAGAGAGAAAAUGACUUUUAGAGACAUUCUGGCCCUACAGUUGUGUUGUAUUACCUAUUUCAACCCAGGACUUGUAAAUGACCAAAGUAAUGGAAUAUAUAUAUUAUUAAAAAUCCAAAAAGGUGAAUUCUUCUCGAAAGGACCAGGAAAGAUUAUUCCCUGAGGCAAGGAAGUAGUUUAUCUUCAGUUUGUAUUAGAAAAAGCCAUUAUCAAUGGAUUGUAUAGUACAUCACGCCGUAGGAAAGCGGCAGUUUUUUUGUAUUUUUUUUUUCAGAUAAUUAAACGAAACAUUUCUUGUAAAGAUGUCCUUAUCCGGUUAUCCGUAAUUAAAAUCAAGGCCAUUAAGCUAAGUAUUGACAUCGACUUUUAUAGGUGUCUGCCUUCUGUUUGUCACAUUUUUUUCUGCCAUUAAAGUUGUGAGCAAAUGUUAUGUGUACCGGAGAUAAGAGUACAAUACCGUGAGACGCCGAACAGUAAUAACUGCCUGUCAUUAGUUAUGAAGGCGAUAUGAAAAUGUCAUGUUGUAGGUGAGGAAAACUCAUAAUAAUUGUAUAUAUCUUAUGUGAGUUAAAGACAUUGCGUGGAAUAAAAGACUUCCAAGCGUGCGGCUCUGUCGUGAAUUGAUUUAUUGGAAUGAAAAAGCUACCCAACGGGAUAUGAAUUUUAAAAAAUGUAUUUUUUUUGUUUAAAUAAAACUGACACCAUGUUUCGACACCUGCAAAAACAGAUGCAAAAUAAAAGUGGUCAGUUUAUCCCAACAUUUAUAUUGUCAAGAUGCUUUGCGGCAGUUUUUCCUUCCCGAAAAUCAGAGGCCUACUUUCGUCUUUCCAAAUGCAUGGUAGUCAUAAUGCAUCGAAGUAGAAGGAUACUCAUCUCAAUGGUGAGUACUUCAAUUUGCCACUAUCUUCGAAUGAAAGUUUUUUUUUCCACAGGGUUCUUCUUGGGAGCACAUUUUAACGGACCUGCCAAUUGUCAGUAUCUCCGUGGGAAGUAAGAGACGCGUGUGGGUUAUAGCUGAGAAUGGUACGGCUUACUUCAGGGCAGGCUUUGGAGAAAAUAAGAUCAUAGGUAUGGAUUGCAACAUGAAGGAAAAAUCAAGCCAUUUACCAGCUGGUUAAAUCAAAAUUCUCCCAUAAUAUCGUGAAAUUCUGUUUUACUUAUGCAAAACCGCUUUCAAAUAUUUUCAAUAUUAACCACAUUUGAUCCAAUAAUAUCUAACGAGAAGAUUACUAUUUAUUUUAAAUGUGUUGAGAGAUCUAGGUAACUCUCAACAUUUCAUUAUAUAUUAGAUGUUUAUAGUAAACAAAUAUUCACACCAACAGCUGUUAUACUUACAUUGUCUAGAUCGAGUAAUUCAAGUAGAAUAUUGGUUGUCUUUGGUCUCACGGGACAAGUUGGCGUGAGCCGAAUUAUAAGUAGCUGUUUGUGGUCAUGUAGCUGUAGCACUUUCCCGGCUGUUCAACGAGAUGAAGUUUGAAAUUUAGUAUUAUUAGUUAGAAUCUGUUAGUUCCGUUGUAAGACUUUGUUCAAGGGCACUCAUCAUAGCAUUUGGUUGUUCUUUCUUCAGGUAGCAGAUGGUUCCACAUAAGUGAAAGGCCUCCCCAUUUGUAUCAAGUAUCCGCCGGAAAGACAUCAGUGUGGACUCGUGAGAAGGAUGGUUAGACACGUUUUAUCAGCGGGCCCUUUCUUAGUGCGUUAAAUUAAGUGCGUGAGAGCCUUCUACUCUGAUAGACUCGAGCGUUACAAAACUGUUAUUACUUGUGUUGUAUUACUCUACGUCAAUUAUUUUACAAGUAGAGUGGGACUAGCACGAUAUUGAGCUAUCCUGGGAGGACAAGAUAAAAAGCCGAAGAAAAGAAACCAAAGUUUUAUGAAUUUUCUUUACUUUCGGUCGAAGAAGCAGUCUUAAUUUACGUUUCGUUUAAUCGAAGAUAAGCUCUGUGGAAACAACAUGAGUUGAAGAAGUGCAUUUGACCUACACUGUAACCAUCCAUGUGAGAUUAACCCUAUAUGAAUUUACUUUUAUUCCAUUUUGAUACUCCUUUCCGAGAGAGUUGUUCCAAUUUUCUACGACCGUAAUUAUAUGAUAGCAAGAGCCCAUGGUAAUAGGCCCCUAGUAAUAAGCUCACUUUUAUAAAGCGUAGGAUUAGCCGGUGAAAAUGCUUUAAAAACCCUCAUUAGGAGUUGCAAGGUGUCAACUCUCGAUAUCAGAUAGCUUCUAUUUUCUGUUGUUCUUAUCAUUAAUUAAUUUUUAUGACAAGGUUCUUAACCAUAUAACAACUUUAAUAGAAACCUUCCUCCGACGUAUAAAGAGUGCCAAAUCUAACCCUUCUUUAUUGACUGCUGGCACGUAGUGGCCUUGAUUUAGCUCUUGAUAUCUUCUACAGUGUUGCUGUCGAAAUUCUAAGUAAGGCUUGAAUAAUCGUAACCUUUCUCAUAGCGCGUUGUCCAUUGAAUCAACCUCUACGUUAGAAUAAAUUAAAAACUGUAUCAACGUCAAUACACAGUUUGACUUCACUCUUUAGGUACGUGUUGGUAUCGACAGAAUAUCACCGACACCUACCCAGAAGGCACAACAUGGAAGUCACAGAAGUUUCGUGUGACAGCACUUUCUGUUGGAGCAGACAACCAGGUACAUAGCAAAGUCAAUAAAUCACACCAAUACUUCCAGAGUAAUUAAAUAUAAACACUGAGUAUUUAUUUACUGAUCUCUCUAUAUCUGAAUAAUUGUGUAUCAGCUAUUUACAUUCAUUUUAUCAUUUUGAUGGUGUGAUUAUUUCUUUUAAGGUCUGGAUGAUCAACCGCAACUCUAUUGAGCAUCGCUUUAGAGUGACACCAACUGACCCUCUUGGGAAGGGAUGGGAAGUUGUUUUAUCAGUAAGUUUAUUGUUGAUGCAGAAUGAAAGGUUAGGUGUUUUCAAGAUGGUUGGAGUUGUUUCCUAACACGCCUUGUUUCAUGCAUUUGAAACUGAUUCAUCUCAUUAUCAAGCGUCCUCUUGUUCUCUUCUUUAAAUUCUGGUUUUGAAUUUUAAAGCAUGAGUCUUUCCAAUUGCGUUCAAAGACUCCGACUAAUUUAUGGGUCGCCAGGUCAAGAGAAGUACUAGUAAGUUAUUCUGGUUACGUUUGCUCACUUUGUGAUCCUUCACUGUCCAAAGAAGAAAAGCUUGGAGGGGUUGGGAGAACAAAGUAAGCCUUAUGCAAAUGAGAAAAUUUACUUGUCCUUAACUACACUUCAAGAAUUCAGAGCGGCAUUUUUUGCUGUAGGACUGCUGGCGGUGGAUCAGUGUUAGGGGUGCCAGUGGAACCUCUGACGAUGUAGACGAGGGAGACGAUGUUCUUGAGGGAGCCGAACUUCUUGGCACGCAACCCAACAGCUUGUUAACGAAGCUUGAUCUCAGUGAGGUUGAUAUUUACAGUAUGUACGGUCAAAAGGACGCCAUUUUAACGCCUGACAGCGAGGAUGACGAUGGAUAGUGAAAAGAAAAAAGGGAAGAAAGACGGAGAAACCUAAACCAAGAAGCCAUUUUUAGUUUCGUUAGGAAGGUCUGCAAGUUUUGCUUUGUGAGAAGGAUAUUGAUAGUGCCACCCCUGGGCUACGCUUGUAAUAGGGGUGGAAAAAGAAAACGGGACUAGUGUUUCGCAACAACAUAGUGGAUCAGGCCCUGGUUGUUCGAAGGUUGGAUAACGUUAUCCACUGAAUAAAACUCUAUCCGGUGGAUAACGCUAUACGAUUUGCUAUCACUUAUCCGCCAGAUAAGUAUUUAACCGUUGGAUAGCGUUAUUCGCCCUUUAUACAACUGGGCUCUGCUAUUAUUACGGGGUAUUUGAAUCACUACUUCCAUAACAUUGGGAAAGGGAAGAGGUGUCAUUGUUGUUUAGCAUAGUUGGUUAACUAGGAAAGGUCACCUUUUUCAGUGUGGCUUUGUCUUUUCUGUUAGAGGUGAACGCAAGAUGUGUAAGUAAUUUGGAUUCUGCUCUUUUUUUAUGUAUGAGAUUGGAUCGAUAGGAGACUGUUACUGUCCAGUGGUUUCUCAAGGUUCGACGUUGGUACAUUUGCAUCUCAGGUUCAUUGGAAAGUCCUUUGCUUUACACGUCGGUAAAGGAAUUUUAUUUUAUAACUAACGCGCGCCUCAGGGAUUAAGCUGACAAAUGUUUCCGAAUUAUUUAGGCUAAUGUUAAAUUGAAGCCGGAGAUGAUCGUAUGCAAACUCUCAGUAGCGCUGUUUUAGUUCUUCAAAGAACAUUUUCGAUACUUAUUUAGAUUUUUGUUAUCUUUUGCGUUGUUGGCUAGUGAACUUUCGGUGUCAUGAGUAAAUCCAAGGGUACUUUCUUUGAGCGAAAUCCCAGAUAUGGAUAAUCAUGUUAAAAUUAAUUUAAAUACUAAUCACAAACAGGCUAUUGAUAAACCAAAUGAAAAUAUUUUCGGAGUAGGUAUUUUUAUAAAUUUAUAGAAUAUAAACAUACGUACAGGCAUGAUCCUUCUUAUAUGGGCUACAUUAGGCAAUCCCAAUAAAAAGCCUGAAAAAAGCCGUUAAAAUAUGAAUUUUUUCAGGCUUCUUUUUUGCAUUGUUGAUGUUUUGUUCACUUGCGAGGACCAUUCGUGCACUUAGAUUUCAUCCGUAGGUCAAAAUGAAAUUUACUGCAUUUAAGCUAUUUUGUAAGGAAUAUAUUCAGGUCCAAAAACACGCUUUCACUGAUUUCUCGUUAAAUAAAAAUAGUUCUAGCUAUGGCUUAAUUUGGCGGGAAAUAAUGCUCUUAACUUUGUCUCGGAUAAUUAUAUGUUACUCGAAGUGGACAGCUUCCUUGAACCUCGCUCUCGGGAAACUGCUCGUUUUGCAGGACAGAUCCAUACUCCGAAGACAAUCAUUCAAACAAUUUUCACACCAAAACGGAGGCUCUUGUCCACUUUUGGGUCAACUUCUUUUUCCAAUAGGAGAUGUCGAGGAAAAUGUAUUUUUUAACCAUAAGAGUGUUAUUAAUUUUCUAUGUAGCUGUUAUUCUAAUAAAGGAACAAGGUUUAUUUGUUCUAACUUGACCCGUUAAGUUACUGGGAGCUCCGGGAUCGAUCUCGAACUGUUCGGGUUAUUUGGCUUUUACUUCGGAGAUAGUUUUCCUGUCAUUUUUUAUCUUUAUUUUUUAUUUCUCAAAGUUAUCCCAAAUCAAACCAACGGAAGGAAAGAAUCAUUUGAACUUAAGACUUAAACUUAUUCCACACUGGCCACUCUAAAAUCCGUAACCUCGUACCUUUUUCGCUCGUGCGUUGGAUAUGAUUACAUUCAAUUCGCGACAGUUACCAUCCAAAGCCAAAUUUCGAUAAAUAAGCUUCGAACGUGCGUGAUAGCCUGUCUACCUGAGUGGCAGACAGGGAAAAUGGAAGAAACCAUCCCUCGUGUUACUUAUCAGUUCCAACCUCACUGGCUAAUUGCCAGACAAUAAUGGAAUUAUAGAGACUGGAGAUGAUCAUGGAAUCGAGGCAUAUGAUGGCGGUUCAUUUGAGAACUAGACGGCAUCGAAACUUUGAAACAUAAGUCCUCACAUAUAUAUGGCAGAUGAUUACUGAUGUGAUUCACCCAACUGGGGGAAAACAAUUCUGGACGUGAACAAAGGAACAAACAGGUAUAAGUCGACGCUAUAUCUAUUGCCACUCCUAUCUUCGUAAUUCAGUAACCUUAUUUCAGAAAGGAAAACACCCAGGCGGGCGAAAAUGUGCAAAACAGUAAAAUGAAACCAAUUUACUUGAUCAUAUUGGCUCGCCUUCAGUGAAAAUCCUACUCUCCGAAAAACAUAGGAGAAUAGGAGUGAUGAAAAUAGAAACAAAGCAGGAGAGGAAAUGAAAACUUCUCAAUGAAAGCCAUCACUAAUUUUGACCUCUCAUUGAGGCCUGUUUUGAUGAACAUUACAUUUUUUUACCGUGAGUACGUACGCCACCAAAUGACGGCCGUUUUUGUUUGGCCAGCUCACCAAUAUUAAUUUUUUCUCUGAACACCAUUUAAAAUGUAACAAAAGGUCUAGGUGAGAACGGUUAAGAAGUACUCCAGCUUUGCACUUGAGACAUACCUCAACGCCAUAAUUUUGAUUAUAGCGUUUGUUAGUUUAUCAACAAUAGGUCAAGCAUAUCUCAAGCCUAAUUGAGUUGGCCUUAUUUAUUUAUAUAGUGGUUCACUUAAACUACAAGACAAAACAUCAACAAACAGCUUGCAUUGUUUUCUAGUUUUACCCUUUACUUUUAUGUCACUGUAUGGGUAGCCAUGUACCUAAUGGAUAGCAUCAUACAGUCUUUAAAAGAGUUAAAACAAAACACUGCCAACAACAGGAUCUGCCAAUAAGGUCUGGAUAUGGCAUGAAGGAAAUGCUUGCCUAUCCAAACAAUGACCUCCAUAUAAUUUAAUGCUGGUGAAAUCUGAAAGAAGCACUUUGCCCGUGUCACUCAAAGAUUCUUUUGGGGUUCUGACAGUAUUAUGCAAAAUCAAUUAAAUCUGGAAUUCUAACUAUUCAGAUUUGAAGAUAGAGGAAAAUUAUCGCACCCUAAUGCACUCAAGUACCUUAAGUCUGUACAAGUGCUAGAUAAGUGCUAGUUUUAUAUAUAUAAUAAGAACGAGAGCAUGACUUACGCAAGUUGCAAAUCUUAAUUAUUUUCACAAAUUCAGUUCAUAUAAAGCCAUUGUUUGUAACAUUAAGAUUUUCACACAAACAGCAACAUGACCCAAAUAUUUACAUACAAGGUUACUAUAAUCUAGUUGGCUGAACAUGUCUUAAGUUAAGCUCAGCUCUAAUACUGAAAUUUCAUAUGUUUGCAUAGAAUAGUAUCCCAUGUUCAAUACUUAUGACAAACAUUCUUCUCUCUGACUCACUAUUUACAUAGAGGACUAACAAGGGAGGUUUGAAAACUUUAACAGGUUUGAAAGAGACUGGUUAAUAAGGGGGGUGCUUGAAUUUGCAGAGUAACAGUACCUGUGAGUUAUUUGAUUUUCCGUGUUAGCCUAUUUGUAGAGUGAAUGACCUCUCUGAUCCUAAUAUAUGAGAACUUUUACAAUGCUUAUCUCCUUUCAAGGAUGUUGUCAUUUUUUAUCUUUAGAUUUCGAAGGUGGUUGAAAUGCAUUGAAGCAUAUACAUUCAAAUAGUAUGUUUUUAUUCGACAAUCUUGCAGUGUACAUAAUAUCUUUGUAUAGUUAAGUGUCAUUAUUUAAACUAAUUUUGUUAUCCUUUAACUCUACAAUAUUGACUUAAGAUAAACAAUAAUUCCUUUCUUGAUUACUUUAUCCAAAGUUUUCUUUUUAAUUUUGACAACUGGUUUCAAGUCAAAGGUUGACAAUCUUAUAGUUUUGGUUCAAGCACAGAGCUAAAUUAAUUUAUGGAGAUAAAAGCUAAUUCUAGCCCAUCUUUAUAAUUUAUAUCCAAUCCAAGAACCCCGAGAAGAAAAUUUCAGGCUUAUCAAAUUCAGUCUACUCACGUAAAGUUACAUGAAAUAUAUUCGCGUGCAACGCUGUGAAUUAUCGUAGCCUUGUCGAAGCUGUGCAUACACAUAAAUAUAAAUACAUUAGAUGAACAACAAAUAUGCAGAGAGUUGCUAUGUACCACGUCCGGCCCAUUGAUAAUGAAUCGUUUACUGUCACCAGAGUAUUUAAUGCACCUGCAAAUUUAGUUACUGUAACAGCUACUUCGAACUGUAAUUGUCAUGAAAGUGUAUCCAGUCGUUUCUAGAAAACAAACAAGUGAGCUAGCGAUGGAUAACAAGAAUAAUGCGGUUAGAAGGCAAUAACAAUAAUGAAAAAGAAAUAUCGAGGAAGGGAAAGUCUUAAGGUGCCUGACAGUCUGUUCGAGGAAGGGAAAUUCUUAAGGUGCCUGACAGUCUGUUCACUUAGAAAACAAGCACAAUUGAGCUGAUGGCGAUCUGCUUAACCGAGACCAUAUUUACUCGUACUCGCAUGGCUCAGAAACACUCAAACUAGCUGUAGCCAGGCUUCGUCCCAGUUUCUUUCAUGAUUGUAUGAUUGCUGACCCUAUAUUAAAGGAAUGAAUCCUUUGCAGACAUUGUCAGAGUGGCUUGCAAGAUGGUAAGCGAAGAGCACCCUUGUAUGAAAAAAAUGCACCUAACAUAAACCCACCCUUCCACUCUACAAAUAGAUUACUUACUGACCGAAGAUUCAAAGACAGAAGCUGGUAUAUUUCCCUUGUCACCGUCCGCUGUAAUAUUGAGAUUAUGGCCGUGUUGUAGUUCGCCAUGUUAAAAAUUAAAACAUUUGUAUUCCGCUGAAAAGACUUGACGCUUCCGGUUCAAAUUCCUCACCCCACCCAGGUAAGGUUCAAGCACUUAACCCACUGGAGGGCCUUUUGAUUUAUAAAUGGCUUUCUUGAUUUCAAAAUACUUGUGUGUUGUUAGGAGGGGGAAAGAUGUUGGAGCUCCGAAUUGAUCGGUGCAUGACGGAAAACUGCGAUUUAAGCAACAGGACGUACUUGCCCAAGUAACUCGUCUUUUGAUUUUGUUGGAAUGGAAUUACUGUCGCAUAAGCAAUGUCAGCAAGUCACAAACAUGUGCGCGGUGACUGAAGUGAGAUCACUGUGGCUGAUGGAGUUGGGCAGGUGUGCAGGAGAGACAAUAAUAACCGUUAAAACGUGAACAGUUUAUUAUAUCAAAAUCCCCCCCUUCCGCCUUUGAAAAUUCCCUUAUCCGCCCCUGUGAAAUAGUCUCUCUCCUAUUUUGGUUGUCAACCCGUUAGUCUACCAACAAACCAUGACGGCUGCUAGAGGACACGUUGGCUUUUCUUCUUUCUCACGGUUUGCUCUCUUGUCGUUCCUGUUUUAUUUGGUUGAAGUAGUUUGAAAGUAGUCUACACCACAGGUAAACUAGAACUUACUAACCCUUGAUAAAAGAAUGUACUCAUCUUUAUGACUCUCACUAUGACCUCGCUUGGCAAAACCUGCCUAGAGGGCUCUUGUGAUUAUUGACUGUCGCAGUCAAGUAAAGAACCACUACAAAAUGUCAUGAAGUUGUAAGUAGGUUCGUAAACACCGGCAAUAGAGCUUAACUUGCUCCACACGUAGCAUAGUGUGGUUUGUGAAGGAUUUACUCCAGUGCAAUUACUAGUUCAACCAGAAAUUUUCGACUCGUUUCCUUUCGGAAAACAUUUUCCUUCUCCAACGAAAUAAUGAUAAGUUAUUUCGCUAUAAUUUUUUUCCAGAAAAGGAAUACAUAAUGCUGCAAUAAAAGGAUGAAAGAUUGUGUGUAUUUAAGGUGGGGUUUAGCUUGUUGUAUUAUUCCACAAUUACACCAUUUUACCAUGGGAUGAGGCGAACUCGUCGAGUUGGGGUUGGGGGAACUCAUAGGGGGGCGAACUUGCUAUGGGGCAAUAUAGCCGUAAAGUUUACCUGCUCACAAGAUUCUCAAGUUUCAAAUUACCUACGAAAAAAACUGCUUUUAAUGACAACAAAAUUCUUCCUGGUAAAAAGGAUUAAUUGGCAGUGCUUUCUUGUGAUUUCUUUUCUCUCCAAAAUUCAAUAAUUAUCAAAUGCCAAACUCUUUUACGUCGUUCUGCAUCAAACGAGAAUUUAUGUUUAGGUUUAUUGUUGCUAGUCGAAUGUUUGGAGGAUUAGAAAGUGAGUAUUCGGAGGCUGAGGGCCAAGAUUUAUGGAUAAAUUGCAGCCGAUAAUUACUAGCGACUCAUGUUAACUCCCAAAGUAUAAAUAGCGAUUUGUGGCUACAAGAACAUCUGGGACCAGGUUGGUCGAAUAUUUCAAAUUUCAUUUCUCAGUCGAAUAUUUUAUGUAGUCGGAUGAUGAUGUUUUCUCGAUCAUUUAAACACAGCUUUAUCCAUAAAAAUUAUAGAUUCAAAGCAACAAACCCUCAUUCGAAUUGAAAACUUGGGGGAUUUACACAUUGGAAGAACUUAUCUUCGGUUAAUCCUUCACAAUUAGAGAAUCACGUUAAUUAAUUUGAUUAUUAACACAAAACAAUAUAUCAAUUAGCUUAGUGAUAGCUUUAGGAAAGCUGGCUUAAUUUCUAAUGAAUCAAAAUAAAAGUUCGUUGAAUGUUUAGAUCAAGCUUCGACAAAAAUGUAUCGGAAAGGUAUUAUAAAAACGUUUAAAUAAUUAACAUGUUCUAAGGAGUAGCUUUCUGUAAGACCGUUAGUAAAAUAUUUAUUAAAAUAUUUAUUUAGUAAAGAAACCGCACAUGUACUUUCAAGGAAAGAAAUUUCAUCCCGAUUCGAUUAACUUUCUAAUAUUAUGUCCGCAAUCACUGCUUUUUUUUAUCGGUCCUCAAUGCAGCCAGAUAAGCCAGUCAUUAAUAAGUUGUUGGAAUGCAAGUAAACAUGGGAUGUUAUUCACAUACACGCCGGCACAUGAGUAUUGUGCGGGUGGCGGUUGACUGACCGUGCAAAAUCUGCCGGCUGUAUGAAUAUUUUAUCAGGCUACAACGAUAGGUAUUAAUUGGUUUUAGUUUGUUUCCGUGAUUCAGAUAGCUGGUAAUUGUUUUAGCAACUUAUUUGUAUUUAUAAGCCAUCAGAAUUAAAUUAUUAUGAUAUUAUCAGUUUCAACAUGACAGGUGAAAGUAAGCUUGAGGUACAUGUGGCAAUGGGAGGUUUUGUAAAUAACAACCUGUUAGUUUCAGUUCAGGUCGCGAACAUUCAAGCUUAGGAAAAAAGUAAUCCAACCUUAGGAAAAAUUUAUACCAGCUAUCUCAGUCACUAUGGAUGACUUAGUUCCCACUGAGGAAAAUCCAGAAAACAUGCCAUCGGCAACUGAAGAAUUACUCCAAAUCAUGGAGGACUUUGCAGAUGUUAUUGACAAAUUCAUGUUUGAAAUUGUUACAUUUCUGGCUGUUGUUGACUCCGCAAUGGGACUAAUAAAGGACGUAUUGGGACUUUUCGGUUUCGCUGGUUGGAAGAUGGCUUUCUUUCCAACAUUCUCCUUCAUUGUGACGACUGGAGUGUUUCUCUUCGGUGCAAAAAAGAGAAAAGGUAAAAGAGAGUCGGAUGUACCCGAUGGCUUAGCAGACGCCUUUGAGGCUUUAGAGGAUGUAAUGGAAGUUGUUGAAGAUGUAGCUGAGGGGCUGGAAGAAAUGGAUGCUGAAGGUGGGGCAGCGGACGGGGAAUUAGGCGAUGUUAUCGGAGAUGUAGUGGGAAGUAAUAUUAAUCUUCCGAUUGGAGAAAUGGGAGGGCUGCAAGAGGCUGGGGAAAUUAAUAACUCUGGAGAAGGACAAGGAGAUACCAACACUUCCGUCAAUCCCAGUGAGAACAAUCAAAACAUGGCACGUAAGGUGAUUGCGGUCGCUGUACUAGCGGCUGGUAUCAUCGCUAAGCUCAAGAAGAAGAAAAAUGGAGACACAGAAGAAACUGUACCAGACACAAACACUUCAACCGGUGGUGAAGGAACAUCUAAAGAUUUGGAAAAUCAGGAGGCGGGAACAAGGCAGAAAUCACUACAGGGAACAUCACAACAGAGCGAAUGGCUGUCCUUGAAGAAACCCGCAAUAACAGGUGCUUGCAUUCCAUUGGCGGAUGACCGCAAUCCGCUUGCGUCGACCACGUGUGGAUUCAAUGAAUCGGUGAUUAUUGAUUUAAAUGUCGCCGACCGUGGAAAGAGAUUUGUCGAGACGGACUGGCAAAGCGCAGCAGCGAGUAGCGUUAUUUCAGUGGAACGUCAGCUAAGGUGGAAUAGCAGGCAGUUAGUAAGAGGAAUUGGAAAAGGUGCAUCGGAGAUCAAACACGGAGUUGAACAAGCUCCUUUGAACGAGACAAGGAUUCAAAUAGAUGAAGGUUCCUCAAAUUUACAAAUUAGUGAAAAACAUGGCGAAACUUUUGAAAAGCAAGUGACCGAAACUCCCUUUGAAAUGGCGUCUGGUGUUGUAAAAAGCACUGCCAAUCUGGCUGGAUCUACUGCACAAACUGUCGAUAAGACAGCUCGUCAAGGAGUUGAACAAACCCGUCAGAAGUCUGGCAGUAUGUUGCACAUCGCAAUUCGACUGGCUCGGUUAGUAGUUCGCGUUGUCAAUAAAAAGAAAGGGGGAUCAGCGUCCACAAGCCAAAAAAGUGAAGAAAGUACUGAUAAAGCUGCCUCAAGCAGCACCCUUAAAGGAUCAACAGAAUCUGUAUACAGCGAUUCUAUUUACUUUGAUUGCGUUUCAUCCCAGCCUCCAAGGAGCACGCGAAAGCAAGCACAGCCUUUAAUUUACACCCAAUACAAAUAUCUUAUGUGUUCGUCGACACAGACUGAAGACGACAACUUUCUGCCACUUUCUCGUAGCGAACCUCAAAUUUCGAACAUAUCCAACUCCACAGGGAUAUUAAGCCCGAGAAGCUCUCAUUGGGAUACACUGCGUAGAUCGGUUGCUAGCAUGCCAGAUGCUGCACUUAAGGACAUUAGAGACGCAGCAAUCGGGGAGAUGACAUCCAGAGGUAAUCCAAGCGAAGAGGCAAAGCUGGUAAACAACACAGGAACACUCAGGCCGGCUAUGGUAAGCUCCAGAGAUGAAACUUGUGAAGAAAUCCCAAAAGAUCCAAGAAAGACUAAGAGUCACGGAAUAAAGGAGACGGUUUCUUUCCCUGAACAUCUAACCAAAGAUGCAGUAUCACCAAAAGCUGGAACGUCUGAGGAAUCUGGGACUCCGGUAUUCUUGCACGAGCGGGGAAGGAGACGUAGUAGUUCGCUUGACUUUCCAUACGGUGAAGGACUAGAUCUCGACGGUAGAGGUUAUUCAAAAGUUGGAGGUUCAGGGCGUAGAGAUCCAGUCGAUUGGGAUAGGAGCAAAGAUCCAAGAGAACGCAAUGCACGCGGCUAUAGGGGCCUGGUUCCUUUCCAUGAAAGGGAUAGAGGUCAGAGCAGUCAAGAUCUUGACUCGGUCCACAGUUAUGAGAAGACAAGAUCACGCCGUGAUGUUGAAAUUGUCCGGGAUCGCCACGGCACCCGAGACUCAAGAGUUCGAAACGUUCGUAAUACCUCUUCAUAUGAAGGCCUGGAAGACGACUUUAUAGAAAAUAGAAAAGAUAAACACUCCAAAGAAAAGAGUUCCAAAAGACCAGACUCGUAUGGUUUUCGGCGCUCGUUAGAGUACAAGUCUCGUAGCCUUCGGCGCUCAAUAUCUUACGAGAAUCCUGAUGAAGAUUCUGUGUUUGAAGAAGAGGGUCGUUUUUACCAUGGGGACCAGAAUUCAGAAGCGAAUAACCGUGGAAGAAACUUGAAGAGCCAGCCUCGUUAUUCUAGUCGGCUUGCUUCACUUGAGGAUGAUGCUGUAGAUUCUUUCUUUCCAGAACAUGAUGCUUCACACUUCCCUGAGGCUUAUCAAAUAUCCGAUUCAUCAGGAAGCGUAGAGGCACAUCGUAACUCAAGACGAUCGCAUGCAUCUUUGUCAAGCGUGCGUUUUGCCGACGAAAUUCCAAUUGAAGGUAAUAAGUAUGACCGACGACCAAGAAAUGGAAGUAACUGGCAAGGAAAUGUGGAUAGUACUGCCUCACUGCAAGAACUCAGGCGUCGCGGUCAACGUAGCCCCAGCAGAAAAAUUCCUUCAAAUCCGCGUUGGAACAGUGCAGUUUGUCUAACAGGUCAUCAAAAAGCCAAAAUAUUGGCUUCAUCCAAAGGACCUUACUCUAACGAUAACUAUAUAUCUGACGAAACAGGUUCGCUGAACAUUCAUCAAGGAAGCAAGGCGAGGGUAAAUCGAGGUCCUUCCUUUAACAGACUCAGUAAGGGACCCUCAACCAUAAGUCGCGUACAAUCAGCUAGUUAUCUUGGUGACGACGAGUCUGAUGUUCGAGCAUGA